AUGGUAUUGCGAGGGUUUCGGCACUUUUUUUCCCAAGCUCCUCAAGCUCUCUCUUGGGAUUCAUGGAUCGAGCUAGUGAGGCGAUGCAAGACGCUAGAAGAGGGCAAAUCUCUCCACGCCGCCAUUCCCUCGAUCGCCAGCAACAAGAGCGCCAAUGUCUUCCUCCACAAUUUGCUCAUCCAGAUGUACAGCCGCUGUGGCAGCCUCGACGACGCCAUGGCCGUCUUCGAUUCCCUGCUUUGCCCCAAUUCUUUCUCCUGGACAAUCACGAUCUCGGCGCUCGCGCAGCACGGCAAUCACAGCAGCGCUAUCCACUUCUACCGAUCGAUGCUCCUCAGCGGCGCAGUGGCAGACGAGGUCACACUAGUCGCCGUCUUGGACGCCUGCGUAGAUCUCCGCACGGGCAAUGCCACCUUCGCCAGUGUCUCGGGCGAGCCCAGGAUCAUCGCCCACACCAAGGUACGCAACGCCGCGCUCACCAUGUAUGGCCGCUGCGGCGAUCUCGCCAUGGCCUGCGCGAUCUUCAAAGAAAUCCCCGCCAAGGAUGCGAUCUCCUGGAACAGCAUGAUCACUGCGUAUGCCCGAAAUGGGCAUCUAGAGGAGGCCGAGAGGAUCUUCGAUUCCAUGCCCGUGGCAAAUGUGGUGUCCUGGACUGCAAUGAUCGCCGGGAACGCGCAGCACGGCCGAUCCGCCCAAGCAUUCCAAUUCUUCCGGAGGAUGAUCCUCCAAGGCGAUCCAAAUUCCCGGCCAAACCAAGUGACCCUCCUCGCGAUCUUGGACGCUUGCUUGAGCUUGACCAGCAAAUCCGCCAUUGCUACCGUACGGGGUCUCGAGGCGCUAGCGGCAGAGUCAAUGUUCCAUGGGGACGUGAUGGUCAACAGUGCGCUGGUCAACGUGUACGGUAGCCUCGGUAGCGUCCCAGAUGCCCGGAGGAUAUUCCAGUCAAUGCCGGACCGCAACGUCGUCUCCUGGAGCUCCAUGGUCGCCGCGCUGGCCAAGUGUCAACGCAGUAGCGAGGCCAUGGCGACGAUGAGAGCGAUGGAGCUGGAAGGGAUCAAAGCGAGCAGCGUGACGCUCCUAGCAGCGAUCGAGGCCUGCGAGAGCUCCGAGGAUGCGGGAAGAAUCCACGCCAGGAUAGUCCGGGAUGGCUUCGAGAGCGACACCAAGCUGGGGAAUGCGCUCGUCGGAUUGUAUGGCCUCAAGCUGGGGAUGAUCGAUCGAGCUCGAGAGGUUUUCGAUCGGAUCCAGCGCAAGGAUGCCGUCUCCUGGGGGGUCGCGGUUGACGCCUGGGCGGUCCGUGGAUUCCCGCGAGAAUCCCUCGUGAUCUUCGCGCGCAUGGAUCUGGAGGGAGUCUUGGUCGAGGAGGUUUCCUUCACUCUGGCGAUCGAUGCCUGUGCGGCGAUCCCCAGCCUGGAGCGCGGACGAAUGCUUCACCGAGAGAUGAUCGAGGGAGAUCGCUGUGGCGUCGAAGAAGAUCUCCGCCUCGGCAAUUCCCUGAUCAACAUAGGAAGCAGCGUUCGAGAUCUUCCAGGCGAUGAAGCUCGAGGGAAUUCUCCCAAACCAAAUCACUUUCCUCAACCUUCUGGCAACGUGUAG